AUGUCGAUUCCCCAAACCCUCAAGCCCGGUGACUUCCGCGGGUUUGGAAGAGGAGAAGGCAAUCUUGGAGGCUUCGUGAACGACGAAUUCGCUUCCCACUGCCCUCCUGAUGUUCAACCAAACACCAGAAUCAUCGCGGUUUGUGGCGCAUCUGACACGACAGGCUAUGGUAGUCCCGAUAAAGAUGGGUGGAUCUUCUCGGAUUUUUUCUUGUAUCAUCAUCUUCUUCAAGACAGCCGUAAGUUCCCGUUCCGUUCCGCAAACCAAGUCUGGCUGACCUGUGCCAAUCCACGAAGCCUCGUUGCAAAUUAUAAAGAGUUCGUUCACGGACAUCGGCACCGUGAUCGACGAGUCGUUCUCGAUUUAGCAAUGCUGGAUGAUCUCGAGAAGUGUGGCAAUAUUCGAAUCAUCAACUCGAUGCAACUCCUCGAAAGAUUCCUGUCCACGUUGAAGGAUGAAAUCAAGAAUGCAGCAGAACACAAUCAGCCAGUUCUUGUUCUCGUUUUCGGGCAUGGUGAUAGCGACGAUCAUGGAGUUGCAAUUGGUGGUGACUUCCAACGCAAUGCCCCUCGACUUGUGAUGGGGGAAUUCGAAAAGUGUUUGAGGAAAGACGUUAAUGUGACUCUCAUGAUAACAUCUUGCUACUCGGGCGGUUGGGUGACGAAACCAAGAGUUCGGCCAUUUCAGCCUUCGCUCCCUUUCAACAUAUCCGGAAUGACAGCGGCCAGUGCUGAGCAACUCAGUUGGGCAUGGGCUACGAGUCAGUCAAUUGGGAAACGGGCAGGAGGGAGCAUCUUCGCUACAGCUGUGAUGAACGCUUUGAUGGCCACUUCACAAAAGACUCCGGGAUUUGCCCAUAUGUGCGAGGCAUUUGACUCGGUGGUCAAAGAAACCGACGAUGGAGAAUCUAUCCGGUGUGAACCCACAUACAUCAGCCUCGCCAAAUCCGUUUACGAAGCAAUGAGAGAUCUCGACCCUGGCUUUACGUUUGAGCAAAGACACGGGAUUACAUUUGCGGCGAAAGAUGACAACUGGGAUAUUGCAUGGCGGAGACGGACCAGCUUCCCGCUGGUUAACUACCAAAGCCGAUGGGAGAUGUUGAGAAGUGCCCCGAGUGGCCCAGAAAUAUCUCUAUUUGAGGGGGCCAAGCAACUGACUGGUGGAGACCCAAAGCUCAACAUUCUGCGAGAAAGAGCUUUUGUCUACAUGAACACCUUUCCCGGCGCCGAUAAUUCGGGAAACAAUAUAGUUCUUCAUGCUCUACUGCGAUCCCUUCUCCAAGGAGACGACAAUUUCGACGACAUGACCCUUGACUACAUGGACAGCGCUCUAGAUUACCGAGACUUUCUUGUCAAUCUCGCUACUGAUUUUGCGCAAAUGGCAGAUCUAAAUUUGGGGGAUGCAAGAAAGUUCGAUGUCGAAGGCUGGCUUCAAAAGAAGGUUGCGGAAAGAAAGCAGACCGACUUGAAUGUUUCUGCAACAGCCCGAGAACAACUCGACAAGUACCUCAAAAUCCGCAACCUCAUUGUGAGCAAGAAACUGUUCGGCAUCCCCCUGGCGCAAACUCAAGGUCCGGCUUAUGAAAGGCCAAAAGAGUACCUAGCAAUUGCCUUUGCAAUGACAAAUCUUUCCUUCGAGGAGGUUGAAGAUCGCGUAAACAAACUGCACCAACUGGACAACGCCAAGCAGUAUCUUAUAUCAGCAAUGCCCGUUGGAACAAGAAUAAUGGCAGAUAGGCGAGUUUCGAGGGCAAGAGAUACUCUGCGGAAGACACUUGGCCGGGUUGGGCAGCGUUUGCGAUCUCUAUCUCCUUCUAAAAAUUGACGAUUAUGAAGGCCGCGAACUAGAUGCACUUGCGGGCGUUCUUUUACAUGUAUUCAUUGCAAAACCAC